UUAUUAAUUAUAGUUUGAACAAAUCAGUGUUAUCUUAUUUUUACACUAAUGAGCCUUGAAUUCUUUUUUUUUUUUUUUUUUUUUUUGAUAACAAAUGAGCCUUGAAUUCUUACGAAGUCAUUCAACGGCUGAUUGAUUCGUUGACCAACUAAGCUUUCUCAAAACAGCUUUCCCAUACAGUUCAUCAAUGGCCCUUGUUGACCCUUCUUCUUGCUUAGACGUGUAUUCUUCUUCCUCCUUAAAUAUUUCUCUGUUUCCAAGUGGGUUUCUCAUUUUUGUCUCUAAGAUUAUAUGGGUUUUGAAGAUUGAUUACUUUUAGGAGACAAUUUCUCACCUUUAAAGCUAUUCAUUUUCUGCCAUGGGAAACUGCUUUAGAAAAUCUGCCAAGUGUGCUCACGCUUCUUCUGUCAACUUUUCUGAUGGGACAAAUCCAGGUAACAAUGCCAAGAUUGUCUCAGCAUCAUCAUCAUCACAGGACCCAGCAUUAGGAGAUGCUGCACCUGCCAAAGUUGAUAUAACUGUUUUCGACACAGUUAAGUCCUUUAGCUUCAUUGAUCUUAAGAAUGCCACGAAGAACUUCCGAUCAGACAGCCUACUUGGGGAGGGAGGAUUUGGGUGGGUCUUCAAAGGUUGGAUUGAUCCAAACACAUUCGCUCCUGCUAAACCAGGUACUGGGACAGUGGUGGCUGUCAAGAGACUCAAGCAAGAGAGCUUUCAAGGACACAAAGAAUGGCUUGCAGAAGUGAAUUAUUUAGGCCAGCUUCGCCACAAAAAUCUCGUGAAACUCAUAGGCUAUUGCUCAGAGUCUGACAAUAGACUUCUUGUCUAUGAGUUUCUGCCAAAAGGAAGUUUGGAAAACCAUUUAUUUAGGAAAGGGGUACAGCCAAUUUCUUGGGCUACACGCAUGAGCAUUGCUAUUGACGUUGCACGGGGGUUGUCUUUCUUGCAUAGUUUAGAUGCUAAUGUCAUCUAUCGUGAUUUAAAGGCUUCCAACAUUCUACUUGAUUCGGAUUUCAAUGCUAAGCUUUCUGAUUUUGGCUUAGCAAGAGAUGGCCCUACUGGAGAUAAUACUCACGUUUCAACCAGAGUAAUGGGAACUCGAGGCUAUGCUGCCCCAGAAUAUGUAGCUACUGGGCACUUGACUCCAAAGAAUGAUGUGUACAGCUUUGGUGUAGUCUUGUUAGAAUUGCUCUCAGGAAGACGAGCAAUGGACGAUGAUAAAAAUGGUGGUGCAGAAGAAACAUUGGUAGAGUGGGCGAAGCCAUUCUUGUGCGAUAAUAGACGAGUUUUAAGAAUCAUGGACACAAGGUUAGGUGGUCAAUACUCCAAGAAAGCAGCUCAAGCAGCUGCUGCACUUUCCGUGCAGUGCCUCCACACAGAUCCAAAACAUAGGCCACUGAUGAUCGAUGUUCUAGCCAAAUUGGAACAGAUUCAUACAUCUAAAGAUGUUUCGACCACCAGACAGUCUAGGCCGGAUCAUCAAGGCAUCAGGCAUUCAAAUCAUCAUCACAGAACAACAGCAAACUAAAAUCGAAAAUGUUCCUUUGCUGUAUGAAAAAAGCACCUAUAAUAUUAUAGAGAGUCAAAAUCCUAUUUGGCUCGCAGUUUGAAAUCCAACAACAAAAAUUGCAGCUCGCUCUUUGGAUUUGGUUGAUUUGUUGUACAAUAACAUCACAGGGAUUAAGUAGCUCAUGUAAAUAGAGAAUUUUUUCUCAUUCCCUUCUUCAGGGAACUAUAGAAUUAAACUAGCCAUGCCCAUUACUCACUAAGUAAUGGGCAUAUCUAUUCUACACCAUUUUCUUAGAAGUGUUUGAUUUUGUAUUAUGGCUUUAAACCUCAUUAAGGAAGAGCAUUAGAAUGAAAGUAUACAAGAUAGAGGUGUUUGGUUAGUGAUA